GGUAGGCAAAUGACACUGCAAUGGGAUAGUGGCCGCGGUGGAAUGUGCCACUACAGCGCUCUCGCGAGCAUUAAAUGACCUGUCCCAGAAUUCUAGAGAAACGUUUUUAGAGGCCUCGGGGUUGCUGCUCAUCAGGGGGAAACUCAUCUUACUUUUCUUAAGGAGGCAUCAAUUGAGCAGCUAUUUGAAAUAUAAUUGCUGGGGGAAAAACUAGCUGAAUAAAUGGAUCAGAUCAAAUGAAAUCCUCUGGAAAGAUAAGAAAUACAGAGCCUACUACUGAUACCCAAUUAGACACAAAUACUCAGUCUGCUGUCAUGACAACCGAAUCAAUUUUUUUGAAGACACUUCAAUCAAAUUUUCUGCAUGUAAUGGCAUAUGAAAACCCAAUUUUACAACAGAAAGCCUUGGCUUGUAUUCCACUCCAAAAUCUGAAAAAGCAAGCUCAGAAAAAGUUAUCACAAGCCCAAAAACUGGACAGAGAUUGCAUUCUGAGAGAAGAGGAUAUUCUUCUGAUGGAGUUAAUGAAUUGGUUUAAAUGUAGUUUUUUCAAGUGGGUAGACAGCUUACCAUGUAGCAAAUGUGGGAGACAGACAGAAACUAAAGAUAAUUUGUCACCUAAUGAAGAUGACCUGAGAUGGGAUGCAAGUAGAGUUGAAAAUCACUUCUGUAACCAAUGCCAGUUCAGCAACAGGUUCCCAAGAUACAACAAUCCUGAGAAGCUAUUGGAAACUAGACAAGGACGUUGUGGUGAAUGGGCCAAUUGUUUUACACUUUGUUGUAGAGCAGUAGGAUUUGAAGCAAGAUACAUUUGGGAUGCAACAGAUCAUGUAUGGACUGAAGUUUAUUCUGUGUCACAGCAAAGAUGGCUUCAUUGCGACUCAUGUGAAAAUGUCUGUGAUAAACCCCUUUUGUAUGAAAUUGGAUGGGGGAAAAAAUUGUCCUAUAUUAUUGCCUUUUCGAAAGAGGAGGUUGUUGAUGUCACCUGGCGUUACUCUUGUAAACAUGAAGAAUUGCUUUCUAGAAGGACACAGGUCAAAGAAACAGUGCUACAAGAAACAAUCAAUAAUCUUAACAAAAUUAGGCAGCAAAUACUGAGUGAAGCAAGAAAAAAUGAGCUCUUACAGAGACUCAUUGUAGAGCUUGUUGAGUUUAUUUGUCCAAAAACACCAAAGCCAGGAGAACUUGGUGGAAGAGUGUCUGGAUCAUUGGCUUGGAGAGUUGCCAGAGAUGAAAGUGCUUUAGAGACUAAAGAAGUAGUAUUUAUUCCAACUGUAAAAGAGAAAGCCUCCAAGCUUUUUCAUCUCAGUUAUAAUAUAGUGCAAGAUUGUUACAUGCGAAUAUCAAAUAAUAAUGAAAAAAUCAAUGGUUGGGAGAAUGGAGUUUGGAAAAUGGACUCUUUAUGGAGAAAGAUCGAAUCAGAUUGGGAAAUGGUUUAUUUAGCUCGAAAGGAAGGCUUCUCAUCUGGCUACAUUUCUUGGAAGUUUGAAUGUGGCUCUGUUGGUCUAAAAAUAGACAACAUUUCAGUUAGAACAACCAACCAAACAUUUGGGAGUGGAAGAGUAAAGUGGACACUGCACUCUGGAAGCAUUACAGUUGGUGUUAAUGGAGAUAAAAGACUUCAUUUUUAUCCUGAUAUUUCCAACACAACAAAUGUUAUGUUAGAAGCUGAACUAAGUGGCGGAGAUGGCAAUAUUGCAUGGCAACAUGCACAGCUGUUUAGACAAAGUUUAAAGGAAAUUGAAGACUGUUUUGAGAUAAUAAUAAAAUUGAGUGAACUCUGAAUAUUAAAUUAAUAUUUUGAUGAAACAACAACUUCCAGGAAAAAUACUUUUAGAAGUAAAUGAAUAGGGUAAAAACCCCUCAAGAUUCGUAUUUUCAGUAUCGCCGUUGAAAACAAUCAGACUUCACUAAUAUGAAAUGCAGUGAAAUUCUACAUUACUUUGUUUUCUUGAAAUAAUGAAAAAAAACAUAUCAAAGGAAAAAAAUGGUAUUUUUUUUUUAUUAAUUCAGAAAGCAAUUUUCUGAAUACCUAUAGCCUAUAGAGGUAUUCAGGAUUGAGAAAGAUGCUAAAUAAUCAUGCAUAGUAUCUGCAUAUUUCAAAUUUUAAAAUAUAAGUUUUUUUUAAUCUGUAAAAAGUUUUUUUUAAUUGAAGAUUUUAGUCUUAAAUCUGGGUUCUGGAAUAUCAUUUUUAAAAACACUUGUGUGAUAUUUUAACAUUUUUGUUAAUAAUAUUAAACUAAUAGAAGUAUAAUACUACUGCUUCUUGUAAUUUUUAAUUUACUUAAACUUUAGUUUUUAAAAAUGAAACUUUGAUAAAAGAUAAUGUUGAUGUAUAUUAUGUUAUACCUAAUUAUUUCAAAUUUGGUAUAGAUUCUGAUCUAGAAAAAUAUUAAAUAUAUUAUGUUUCUAAAAUUUGGACAAUUCCAAUAUAAAGAUAUGUUACUUAAAAGUGUAGAGCUUCGAUAAACUAUCUAAUUUGAAUAAGCAUGUUAUAUUGUAUUAAUUUGGACUGACACACAUUUUUAUAUAAAGUUGCUAUUGUUCUUCAUUUUGUUAUAGUUACUCAAGAGCAUUUUCUAUUAGUUUAUGCUAAUCAAUCUUCGAUCUCUCCAAUCAUCAAGUAUUUAAUUCUUUUCCAAUACCUGACUCUUAGUAAUUCUGGAUAUAUAAAUGUACUCAGUGAGAUAAAUAUACAACUGUAUAACUACAAACAAAACAAACUUACGAUUUCCAUGCAUUGUUUCUUGUCCUACCCUCUUCUAGUGCUUCAGAAAAUAAAUUGCACCCCUCUUUUUUGUGGCAACCUGUCAAGUACUGGAACGCUGCUAACGUAUUACCCCUGGUCCUUUUCUCUAAACAGGCAAUUUCUGUAACUGUUCUUCAUGUUUUUGUCUCCAGACUCUUAAUCAUCUUAGUUGUUCUUCUUUGCACUUUUUCCCAAUCUCAACAUGUUUUUUGCAAUGUGUAAUCAAAGCUGGGUGGAGUAUUUGAGAUGUGGCCUUACUAAGGCUUUAUAAAGUGGUAUUAAUACUUCACAUAAUUUUGAUUCUGUGUCUCUGUUGAUACAACCAAGGAUUGUAUGAGCUACCGCUCACCUGCUAGUUCAUGUAAAUGUAAAAUCCUUGCUUUUCUCCACAUUAAAUUUUAUUUUAUU